AAAGUUGUACCAUAACAUUAAAUAUAUAAGUUUAGGUUGUACCAUAAAUGAAUUUGUACCAUUAUGUUAUGAUGCAACUUUACAACUUGAAGUUGUACCAUCACAUAAAGGUACAAGUUCAAGUUGUAUCAUAAAAGAAUGGGCUAAUACCACUACAACACCCAAACUAUCGAAGAAAUACCACUUGUGUCCUAUUCUUUUCAAUAUUUCAUUUCUAUCCUGAACUAUGAUACUUUGUGCCAUUUGUAUCCUGGAGAUUUCGUUGACCGUUAUCUCUAACGGUUGACCUGACGGUGGUCAAAGAGAUGUUGACUUUUGCUGACAUGGAAGGAAACGUGGCAUCCAUGUAGAUGCCACAUCAUACCACAUAUAUUUUUAAUUCAAAAUCAAAUUAAAAUGCAAAAUAAUUAAAAAUAAAAAAAAUAAAAUUACUUUCUACCCACCAUCGCAUUCAACCCGCUCCCCACCCUACCCCCGCCCUCAAUUUUAGCCAUCGUCGCCGCCUUCAAAUCCCUUCAGCGAAUCAGCAUCUAUGGCAACGAUAUCUCGCCGCCGCCUUCCCCCAUGACAAGCUGCUCUUCCAGCGACCUCGCUUCCUCAACCCUCCCCAUCUGGAAGACGACGAAGCUCCGAUUCUGAUACAUCCAGUGGAACAGCUUCGGCGACCGAAAGAAGUAGUAGGCGGAGAUGGGAGAGAGAGGGACGAUGAUGAACAACAAAGGAACAAAGUCUCCCCUUCAGUUCUCUCUCUCUCUCUUUCUCUCUCUCGGGCUCCUCUCCAAUCUUCGACCUCAAAAUCCUCCGCCGCAGUUGUUGCGGAAUCCCUCCUCCACAAUUAUCCGCUUCACAAUGAUGCCACAGCAGUUGAGAGUUCUUGAAUCCGAAUCGAUGACGUUGAAGGAGAAGAAGAAGGCGACGGUGGCUGUGGAGGCUAUCACUGCCGAUUCGGAAAACGACUGUGUUGUUUCUACCUACGGCGUUGUGUUGGUGUUGAUUGAGGCAUGUCGGUCGGGAGAUUUUGCUAUGCAACCACUCCCGCCUUUCCUCUUCCCUUAACUCUGAAAUUGAAGCUUACCUGUCACCGCUGGAUUCUCGAGUGAUUUGAGAAUUUGCCCAGAUAGGAAAUUGAACAGGUUGAGAGUGUUGGAGAGGGAUUCCCCAAACCGUUAGGGAUCUGGAGAGAGAAUUCCGCCCAAAUUUCGGCCGGGAUUUUACUGUUUUGGAGAUGUGGAGCAUUGUAGAUAAGCAUACGAGUUCGGAUGUUGACGAUGAGGGUUGCUCACCGCACUUCGCAUGAUGCGGAGAAGAAGAAGAAUUAGAAGUCCACCGCAUAUUCCUAAAGAGGGCUCCCGGCGGGAGGAGAUGUGGAGAAAGCGAUUGGGGGUCUUUAUUUGGUUUGUUUUAUUUUACAUAAAAAGUUAAAUAAAAAAUAGUAUUAAAAAUUUCACAUCAGAUGCCACGUUGACGCUGACUGGAUUUUCUAUUAAAUAUUGACGGUCAAACUCGGUCUACACCAACGAAAAAAUAGUUCAGGACAUAAAUGGAAUAUUGAAAA